AUGCAGCCUUCGUUCCCUUCUCCGCAGAGCUAUGGGCAAUCGCCCCCUCCGUAUCAAGCACCCCCCGCGUCCGGAUUCCGGAUCCCACUCAACACAGACCAGCCCAUUCCGUCUGUCGACGUCUUGGGCAGGCCCGUAGGCUACGACGCCGACGGGCGAUCGCCCAUCUUCAUUGGUUCUGCGAUCUUUCAGAACUCGGUCCAUCCGUGCAAGAUCGGCCCUCACCUCUCACCGCCAUGUCGCGUACCGUACGGUGGAGGUGAGCAUGAACAUCGCGGCCGCUAUGACCUGCUGCCAUUCGAUCCCGUAACAAUGGAGUGGGUGCACACGUCUGGUGGCCGGAUCCCGCCUGGCAGACGAGCUGUCCAGGGAGGCUACGAGGAGAACGGGACUAGACUGUACCAUGCUCUAGCCAACAUCGGAGGAAUCAGAGUCCCCGGAAAAACGGGCGAGCAUCUGGUGGUGGCUGCAACUGCGCAUUCGGCGGCGGAGAACAUGUGGAACGGGAUAACUAUGAAAUCCUAUGCUGGAAAUGACUACGAUGCAGUAUGA